UCAUUUUUCCUUGGACCCAACACGAGACCUCAGCCCACACCAACAGGUCGCAUUCUUUCCCAUCACUCGGAGGCGGAGAAGGAGAAUACAAGGCCGGCGGCGACGAUGGGCAGCGGCGAGGGUUCCUCCGCCUCCUCAGGAGCCCGAUUUCUUGUCUAGAAGAGGCGGGAGAAGAAGGAGAAGCGGAGGCAGCGGCGAGGACGAAGAGAAGCGGAGGAGGAAGAAGAAGCCAUCGCCGGUCCGCCCCCACGUCAAGCGCCGCCCGCCGCCGCCACCGCCACCGCCCUCACCACCGUGGACGAGCGCAACCGCACCACCGCGUACGCCCUCACCGGGGACGGCAGGAAGCAGAUAUCCUCUUCUGGAAAAAUCUUGAUCGAGGACGAAAGGAUCCAUGUCCAUGAAGCGCUAUCUGGAAGCCUCCCUGCGGCUGCCGGCUCCGGGGCCCAAACUCAGCAAUGAUUGCACCGUGGAAGAAGCCCUCGUCGACACAUCCGCCUACAUCGUCGACGAGCAGAACAACACCACCGCCUCUUCGCUGACCAGGGACGGCAGGGAGGUGCAGGUGAGCUUCUUCCUCGCCCAGCCGCCGGGCGUCUCCCAUUUCUGCGUAGCCUGCACCGCCAACACACCCACCGAGUUCAGCUCGGAGCCUAGGCUGGUCGCGUCAGAGGGUAACCUCGCCCUACUUCUCCUGGCGCACGGCUCUCACCGCUCCAACCAGGACUACUACGUCUACCGGGCCCCUCUCGCAUUCGACACAGCGCCGCCGGUGCUGGAGAAGGUCUGCCAUCCAGGGCCAACCCUGUUCCUUCACACUGUCUCAUACUACUUCCAUAAUGAGGAGGUUGGCUUCCUGCGCUACCGCGCCAACUGCCCCGAUGGCCAUCACCAAAGCUGCGGUGACAACUUGGACGCAUACAAGAUCGCCGCACUUCGUACCCAUGAUCUGAAACCCCGAAUGAGUCGCUACAAUCUCUACACGUACGACUCUCAGAGUAAUACUUGGGACCGCAAGGUUGCUGUCUUGGCGGACCAGCAGUUUGAGGACCAGCUUGCAGCACAUGAGAGCUCUGUGGUGAUAAACAUCGGAGGAGAUGUUGGCACCAUGGGCUGGAUUGACCUUGAGCGCGGCAUCAUCCUCUGUGAUGUGUUGGGAGGCAUGGAGGACACCCCCACCAGCCGGCUGGUUCGCUACAUCCCGCUGCCCGACGCUGGGCCAGUUAAGAAGAAAAACAUUCUGCGUGGCACUUCACGGCGUUAUAGGACUGUUGCAGCAGUCCAUGGUCGCAUUGAGUAUGUUGAGGUGCAGAUCCACGUCAGGCCAGGCCCUCGCCCAAAGCGGCUUCAUGGCACCUACUUCUCAGCUGGCUGGACGGUUGUCAGGUGGAGCACGACGGCAGCAGCUGGCAGGUCCGGCUGGCACAUGCACUCUAAGCUUAGGUCUUCCCGUAUCACCGUCCCAGCGGACAUGGCAGCAUUGCUGCCUACAUUGCCAAGGGACAUUGAUGAAGACGCCACAACAUUGGAGAGGCUCCACAUUGGCCACCCCACAAUCAGCUUGUCUGAGGACAGUGACAUUGUCUACUUCAUGGCCAAGAUCGAUGAGAUGGAGAAGGAUGCAUGGGUGAUCGCUGUGGACACGAAGAAGAAGGUGCUGAAAGGAGUGACCGAAUUCACACCACGGUGUGUGUACAGCAUGGAGUCCACUUACAUCCCCACUACCAUCUCCAAGUAUCUUACUCCAGCUCGUACAGAGGUUGUUGACAUAUAAAGACCAGUGAUGUUGUUUUACGAUGGAUCCUCUGCAAAGAAGCUGCUGCCUGUGAGCCAUUUUACCAGAUAUGGAAGCGCAUCUGUACAGAACCUGCAGAAUGCCCAAGUGGAACGAGGGGAUGGAGAAGGGAAUGUUGUGGUUUCGUUGUUUUUUGUUUCAACCUCUGGUAAACUUUGCUGCACAAGUAGACAUUGCCUACAAACAGUACGUCCUGCUUGGAUGGCUAAUUUUUUGUCCAAUUCCAGUGUAUUAAACGGUACUGAAUUUCUUUCCAGCCUUCCAGGCUGGCCCUUGAAAGAGGCAUUUGGAUAGCCGGUAAAUGUCUGGGUAAUUACGAGAUAUUGGGAUAUUAGUGACACGUUUUUAUGCCUUAUUUUGCCCUUGAGGAUAAUUACCUUUUUAAGAUUAUGCUCACUACCACUUUGUUCAUGCUUAAGUUUAGUUAUUACUACUACUUUUUUUAACA